UUUUUCAAAGUCUUCCACUAUUCGUUUUGUAUACAUAAACAAAAUGAUGAGCUCAGGAACACAGGCUAAGCUUCCGGUUAUAGAUUUCUCAGACCCAAACCUGAAACCAGGCAGCCCUGAAUGGGAUUUGGCGAAACACCAAGUCCGUCAAGCAAUGGAAGAGUACAGUUGUUUCGAAGCUUUGUUCGACCAAGUCGUCGAGCUUCGAAACGAAGUAAUGGUAGCCUUGGAAGAGGCCUUCGACUUGCCUUUAGAAACAAAAAGGCUCUAUGUGUCGGACAAGCACUUUUACGGCUAUUUCGAGUCUACAACAGGAUUGCUCGAGAGUCUAAUGGUCGAUGAAGCACAGGUUGCUGAUAGCAUCGAACAAGGCCUGACCACCACCUUGUGGCCUCAAGGAAACAUAAGCUUCAGUAAAACUCUGGUCUCUUUCACGGAGGUAUCUUCAAGAUUAGAGAAGAUAAUCAGGAGGAUGAUUUUGGAGAUUUUCGGUGUCGAUAAGUACGCCGAUGAGCUCGACGACAACACGAAUUACAUGCUGAAGCUCAUGAAGUAUAAUGCGCCCCCGUAUGGCAAGCCGACCAGCGGGGUGUUUGCUCACUGCGACAAGAACAUGGUGACCCUGUUGUACCAAAACGAGGUUGAUGGAUUGCAGAUUCAGAACAAAGACGGUGAAUGGAUGAAUAUAAAACCCUCGCCCGACUCAUUCAUAGUAAUGGUCGGAGAGUCAUUCAACGUAGGUCACUUAUUUAUAACACAUGUUCUAAUUCCAUUGUUUAAAGGCCAUGGCUUGAUUAAUCGCAUUGAUAUUAUCACAGGCACUGUUAAAUGGGGGAGUGUCCCCUACAUAUCACCAUGUGUUGAUGAAGGGGAACAACGCAAGGUACGGUUUGGGAUUGUUUUCGGGCACAGUAACAGGGUACCAUGUCAAGGCACCGGAUGA